AAAUACAGUACUGAUUGAACAUUCGCAAUGUAUGAAAAGCCAAAGUUACCUCUUCUUCCCGGAUUUGUCGUUCAUAAACCGAAAGACAACUAUCACUUGAAGCAAUGUUGGAUGCAAAUGGACGGAACGGGUAUGCUCGUUGAGAAAAAACAUGCUGACAACAAUUGGAUUCUCAAUGAUGGAAAGAUUCUGUGUUUCAAAGCAUAUUUUCGCCAGGAUUUGAGUGGAAGUAGUGGCAGUGCACCACAUCAAAUUCGUAGAGUGAAAAUUUUAUACUACCUGGAAGAUGGGACAAUUCAAGUCGUUGAACCGCGAACUGACAACUCGGGAAUACCACAAGGAUGCAUUGUGAAGCGACAAAAAGUCCCUUGCCCGUAUCCCAACCAAAAUGAAUGCUUGUCGAUGCUUGAUCUGAAUGUUCAAAAGCAAGUUCGGAUAUUCGAUCGGAUUUAUAUCAUCACUAAUUGUGAUGGAUUUACUCGAUCGUACCUCAGUAGAGCCGGCAUAGAGGUACCUAGUCCGAUUGGAAUACCAAAAGAUCCAAUACACUUAACCCGUGACGAAAUGCAAGAAGUGCGACAAUCGGAGCAGCCAACUAAAGUGGAAAAAAUUGAAAAUAAAUUGGAAAAAUUUCUAAAGUUUGACAAUUGUUGCUUGAAAUUCGAUGCCUACUGGGAUGACCGAAAUUCACCAUCGGGUGAUAUUCAUGAUUUAAUUGUUUUAUAUUUUCUUUCGGACGAUACAAUUCAAAUCAAUGAAGUACCCCGGCGCGCAAAACCAACUGUACUAUACAAACGCCUCAAACUGCCCAAAAAAACCGACGACGUUUUAAUGCUUGACCAAAAAUCCAAUGCGACCGUAUUAAAUGUGUUGGGCUCUGAUUUCAUGCGUGCCAGAUGCAUUGCCGAUAAACUUGCCAUCGGAAAACCAAACGUCGACUGUUAUACGGAUGUCGAUUUGAGAAUCGGCCAAGUGAUUAACGUAUUUGGACGGGCCGUUGUUUUAACGGAUUGCGAUAAAUUCACGCGUGAAUAUUAUCAAAAGAAGUAUGGAAUUGAGGAAUUUAUACCGAUUCAAAAGCCAAGAGACACUCGAUGGGACCAGCCAUGUGUGCAAAAGAUUAUGCCACCGUACAAUGGAUGGGGUUCGUUUGAAGAUUCAGAGGCGAGCUGUUGUUCAAUUCAAUUGAAGGCGCCGCAGCGUGAUAUGAAGAAAUUUUUGGAAUUGGACAAGUACAAUCUGCGAUUCAAAGCCCAAAUGAUCUCAAAAGUCGCUGAGGAUAGUGAUCGAGAGUUUGUAAUAACAUACUACUUGAGUGAUGAUACAAUUUCGGUUUUUGAGAUUGGAAAACGCAAUUCAUGUUCUUCGGGAGAUUUUCUUAAACGAUCCAAGUGCUACUUACCAAAUCAGCCUUUAUACACAAGUCAACGGCCCGAACAAUUCACUCCCCAGAUGUUUUUCAUUGGUGCCACCGUCAAUUUUCAGGGAUUUGAAUACCAUUUAACCGAUGCCGAUGAAUUUACGUUGAAUUUCAUGGAGUCCCAUCAAUCGGAGUAUCCAAUGGCCAAUAUCAGUUCAAUCAUGAGCAAAAUUAAAGAGGCAAUCAAACCAAUUUACAAAGAUUUUAUUGGGAAAUAUCUGGAUGUCGCUUCAUUGAUUGAAAGCAUGACGAAGCCCGACCGAUUAACAAUUUGUUAUGACACAACAGCAAUUGCUUUGAGAGAGUUGUUAGCCAAUCGCAUAACUGAACAUGAAAUUAUCACAUUUCUACGGUACUUCAGCGCGGAUAAAGCUCAAUCGACCACGCCACAACCAUUAAAUCGAACAACCGUACAGGCUUUGGUUCAAAUGUCUUUGACAAAUGGGCUGUGGGACGAUUUACAAUCACUCAAAGAAUUCAUUUAUGAUUUUGAUCCAGAGAAUCAUAAUGGAUUCAUGCCACCAGCCAAGAUACGUACAAUAAUCAAAGGGUGUCGAUUGCCAAUCAAAGAAGUUUUGAUUAAUGACAUGUUUUCGGUAUUGAACAAAGACUCGAAUGGCUGCAUUGAUGUAAAUGACUUUUUGUACUUCAUCGAUUACAAAAAGUGUAAGGCACCACCGAUUCAGCCAAUAAAUAUAUAUUGUGACAACGAUAAGAAGGCGUUCAAUUCAAGCUAUCGACCCAAUCUAGUCGAUUGGACGGAAUUUAUCGCUGAGCUGGGCCUAGAAACAGACUUAAAACAACAAACUGAAUAACAAAAUUGAGUUUUAACAAAAAUU